GAACACAAACAUGAUUUCACACCACCUUUAAGCUUCAUGUACCAGCUGACUUCCAUUUACCGUGUCGUGACCACCUCAGUCAAUUGGUGUAUAUUUAUUUCAAUCAUUUCAAUCAUCAGAUAUAUAUCACCGUAAGAUUGGGUAAGCCUAUUUGAUGCAGUGUUUUGUCACAGCCAGUGUCAUUGUGGAUGAUAAUAGAAAAUGAAAGUAAAAGUUUCUAUGUAGCGUAUCACUCUGAACAAUCAGACACUUCUCAACACCGCUGCAAGUAGACCCAAUAUGGACGACCCUGAUCUGUGGUGUGUGAUCUGGCUCCAUACAGCGAUUGGUCAAAAGAGAUGUCAGAUCAUAGGGAGCCUCGUUCCCUUCCUUCUCAUAACGUUGGGGUUGAUCCACCUGCACAACUGUCCCAAGGAGCCCAUGGUCCCCAUCUAUGUAAUUGUGGGAUCUGCAUUCUUCCUGGUCUUACAGCUAUUUGCGUUGUGUGGCCAUGGUACAUUGUGCAUCAUCGCCAGUAUUCCGAUCCUCGUCUUUCUCUUCUGCUGGCUGAUUGCAGGUAGUGUGUAUGUCUACGGAGCAUUUCAACCCGACUACGAGUCCAGACACUCUCCGGAAUAUUGUGAGAAGAUUCUCUAUCGGGCUGCAUUCUGCUGUACCAACCUGGCAUGGGCGUGCAUAGUGAUACUUGGAAUGUAUGGGUUGUGCAAGGUCUGUUGUCCCUCAUGGAAGGUAUGCUAUGACAAACAGAGGGAAGAUGACAGUGAAAUGGGAGAAAAUCCUCCCCCUCAGGAUGAGAAUUAACAACCAGUUUUCCAGCAAAAAGGUCUCUCUUCACUUCACCACAAAAACAACUCCAAAAUGAAAUCCACAUACACCAUAACAUUAGUGAGUGACUACUCAUAAAGUUUCCCUUGUGCACUCAAAACCUAGUUUUUUUUACAUUUCCAAACAGAAACACAAUGGUAAAGCUUUGUCUUAAAACCACAGAU